AGACGCUGGCUGGGCGGCUCCAGCUGAGCUACGUGUUGACCUCCCUGGUUGGGUUCCUGCUCCUGGCCGUCAACAUGGUCGUACCGUUUUACCAGGACAGUCUCGCGUGCUACAUCAUGUCUGGCCUCCUCACCUUCUUCCUCCUGGCGGGCUUCCAGUGGAACACCUCCAUUUGCCUCGAGGCUCUGCUGAUAACACUGAGCUUCAGAAUGUCUGGUGAAGAUGAGGGCUGGCGGUACAUACUACACUCACUGUGGGCUUGGGGCGUGCCGGGGCUCAUCACCAGCCUCGCCCUCACCCUCAACUACUACCGCGCCUCCCUCCCCUGCAGCGUUAUCACCCCCAGGAUUGGUCUCCCCAACUGCUUCUUCUCCGACCAGAAGGCCAAACUGGUGUACCUGUACAUGCCGAUGUUGCUGACGCUGUGUGCCAACACCUCCCUGCUGGUGGCCUCCCGCUGCGUCCGCUCAGCAAACCUGCGCCGACUGGAAAAGGGUAGCGUGGAGAGCAUCACCGCGGAGGACGGCCGCACCGUUGUCACUUCUCGGCACUCGGGACUUCGCUCCCACCGGACCCAAAACCUGUUGACGGAAGGGGUGAUUAUGGUGAUGUGGUCUGGAGCGAUGUGGUUCAUGGAGGUGAUUGCCUUCUUAGUGGCAUUCAACAGCGACGAGCCCUCACAUGCUUGGUAUAACUACCUGUGGUACAUUCCCUCUGGCCUUAACUGCCUGCGAGGGAUAGGCAUCUUCCUCAUCGUGGUGUUGACGCCUGAGAACCGUAGCAAGCUGGCGCGAACAUGUAACCGAGUGAUCCGGUCCAUGACGGCCUGCAACUACAAGGCCCGAAGCUCCAACCUGACGGCUCGCUCCAGGUCUUCUGAUGUCCAGGCGGUGGGCAUCCGGCGCUUCAACAUGUCUAUACACGAGGGAAUUGAUCAGAACACUGAUGUCACUUCUGAUGAGACAUUAAGUUCUUCAUUAGCUGAUUCUGAACUCGGGCCAGGCAUAGGUGAGGCUGAUGUGUCAGCCAAACGUCAUAAAAAAUCCCAAUGAAGUUUGCCUACUGUUUUACUUCUUGCUGGUGACUGUAAGUUUGCCACCGCUGCCCACUGGAUGGGUGUGGUGUGCAUAAUAGCAAAACUAAACUAUAUUUUUAUGUCUAACUUGUUUGCCACUUAUCUACGGUAUGGAUAUUUACCCCAGAAAAUAUUAAUUAAAAUCUUGUUUUGCUAGUAGUGAGCAUAGAAAUCAGAGAGACUUCCUGCUGGAUAUUUGGAAUUAAUAAGGAAUUACUGUAACAAAGAGAUAGCUUGUUGACAAGCAUUAUAAGUCCUAUGGCAAUGUGAUCGAUGUCACAAAAACUGUGUAUUCAGACCGACUUUGGUCAAGUCGAGCCUCUUAAUCUGUUGAUGCAAAAUGCUACGGGUGCACAAAUUUCUAUAACGACAUGAUAUAAUUACACUAAUUCUUCAAAUAGUUGUUUUCACGUAAAAUUUGUGAUAUAAGUUUAGGAAAAAUUUGUCUCACCGCUCUGAUGGUAAACUGUAAGGUUUUCUAUGACUAUAACACCUGUUCACUCCUUCCACAACUGUAAGGAUUUGUGUAAAUCUCUGAUAAACUGGCUCUAGAUCUAAAUCUUGAUUAUAUUUAUAAAGAUAAUAUCUGUCUGUAACGAAGGGCAACAAGUCACCAUUGUAACACUUGCCACAAUCACUCACCAUAAUGGUUGCUAAUAACCGGUAACCCUAUAGCUGUAAUAAUUUCAUUGAUAUAACCCCUGAAGAACUGGGAAGAGUCCGCCCUCACAGUAGAAAAUGCUCAAACCAGUUAUCAUGGGGAGGUGGCGAGAAAUGUCUAAGAUGUUAAAAAUAUCUUUACAAUUCUUGAGACUAGUGGGAAGAUCAGGUUACUCAUAAACAAAUAAUGCCGUCACCACUUCUCUUGGAACUUUGAAUAUUUAGGCUAAUUGACUCCGGAGGAGACCAGUCAACUAAUAUCGAGUGCUAGGGAACUUUGAUCUUUAACUACUUAUUGGGUGAAUGGAAUUCCUUUUAACUUAAAUUCAUAAAUUACAAGGGGGAAAUAUUUACUCAUAACUAUUCUCAUCAGAUCACAGGUGAAAUCCAAAGCAAUUCAAGAUCUAAGACAGAAUAUUUAAGGGAAUAAUAUAUAAAGUACACAGGAGAAAAUUUAAUAGCAAACUUUAUUUAAUAAAUGCAAAAUUAAUUAAUCCCAAGGCUAGUACGAUAUCCUUUUCUUUUAAUAGCAUGUAUAUGAUUACAAAAUUGUACGGGGAACUCAUAGAGACAAUUACCGUUAUACUGCUUCUCAGCCUGGUGUUCCUGGCCUCCUGGUUAGAUCUCCCACCCCCAGCACGCCCAACAUCACACUCACCUUUGUGCUUCAAGGUGGAGUCCUGGCUCCACCCACUAAGGCUCAUCUUGCCCCAGAAUCUCCGCCUCUUUAGGCCUACAUCCAAUCAGCCGAAACCAGGCACCUAGGCCUGGUUUAAUUUAAAACUGCAAGGUGGCAGAACUUUCUCACAAAAACUGGAUAUUACUGACUCUGGCUGAAGUCAAGAAGAUAAGACGUCUAGGAACUGUAAUUUGAAACAGCAGUAAACCUAAACCUUCGAUCGUCACAUGGAAGGAACAGCCAAAUGCCACCAAUAUCUGUGGUGGAACAGGGGCCGCUCAGGUUUCGAACCCGGAAUUCGUGAUUGUGAGUCGAGAACGAACGCACCUCAAUGUCAAGCUACCUAAUCUAGCCCAACCCAACGCAUCCCAGCCUAACCUUACCCAACCCAACCAAGCCCAACCCAUCCUAACCUAACCCAACCAAGCCCAAUACAGCCAAACCUAAGCUACUUCAGCCUAGCAUAACAAUAUAUUAAAUAAAAUUUUAGCAAACAGAAAAUGAGCUUUGUCAAAUCAUCUUGUGUCCCGAAACACCCCAGUCAGGCACCUUACAAUUUAUUCGCCUUCAUAUUUCGUUAAUUUACAUAAGUUUUUUUUAGUUAUUAUUUCAUUUUAACUAGGGAGAAACCCUUACCUAACAUAAGUUUUACUGCAUUUUCAACACUUAUUGUGUUGAAUGUUCUACAUUACUAUUUUGUUAUCUGUAUGCACACUUCAGACUGAAGAUCCUUCUUCCUGUAAUUAGUCAUGGCCUAACAACGAUGGUUUAAAUUUAUCAUUAUGUGAUGAGGUACAUCGCAUGGCUGAUUCCUCUACAUGCAGCAUUGAACAAAUGUGUGUCCAAGACCUCUUCCUCUGUUACACAAUUUGGCUCUGUGUAACAAUAAACCUAAUUUUAUUAAGUAGAUAAGUGCACCUGUGAGUAAAAAAAUCCUGUCAGCUGUAAAAAUAUUGAUGCAGUUAUUUAAAUAGAAAAUAUAAUGAAAUAAAUAUU